UCGUUGCCACGCUUCUUUAUGGCCACAUUUUCUUUGCAGGGUUUCGCGCCGCUGGACGCUGAAAGUCAAUUGGCUUUCGCGAUCACCUCUUCGACGGCCUUUGCGCUCGUUCUUUGGGAGUUCAUCAUACUCCUCCCCCAGGAGAUACAGUUGUACCGCAAGGCCGUUUGGGCGACGGUGCCACCCUACGCGUUUAUUUUCCUUCGUUAUAGCAGCAUCCUAGCGACGCUCCCCAAUGUUUUCCUCGGCGCUGUUUCUAAUAUUUCCUGCCAAACGGCAGCGUCACUUUCCCAAGCUGGCAUGAUUUUGGUCGUAGUAUCCACCGCAAUAAUUUUUACAUUCCGGACAGCCCAGCUGUGGGCUCAUAAUGGGAAACGCAACACGUUGUUGAUGUCAUUGGGUGGACUGAUUCUGGUGGUCAUAGGCUGCUGUGUCGCACCCGCCAUCCAAUAUCGCGUCGCAUCGGUAUCCUCGACACGCAGCACAUUCUCGCCAUCUAGUUGUCGCGUCCUCCCCACUCCACCCUACCUUCCGCUUGCGCCGGGCGCCGCUCUCGCCUUCCUUUUGGCCGUCCUCAUUCUCAGUCUCCUUCAAAUCAAAGCCCACGACCCCCGCGAGGUGUCCCAGAUGACCUACCGCCUCUAUCGGGCCCAUGUUCUUUAUGUCUUCGGCGCAACGGUCGCUUGCGCAGCGACCCUCAUCAUUCUUUGCAUGGCACCUCCAGCUAGUGGGCUCGCCAUGUGUGUCCAACCGCUAUUUGUCUUCUUCACGAGUGCGUUCGGGACCCGUGAUUUCAGGAAUUACAUGCUGGCCAGGGUGUUGGGCGGAGACAGUUCGGGAAGAGGCUCACCCGUACUAUAUCCCAGCUCCUCGCCCAUCAUUUCCCCCGCAAACGAGGCCCGAUAUGGAUAUACUUAUGCUGACACCCAAAAGCCGCCGCCAUCGUCGUUCACACCUGCCCCGAAUAGAACCCAACAACCGCCAGGGCGUCCCAAAAAAGACGCCAUCCAGGCGCGACACCAGCCCUCGGGGUCCACCGCCCCGCUCAUAAACGUCGCAGGCAACACGAAACUCAGCCCGAACCCUUACACGUCUUUCCCGUCGCCCCCCGCCUCCUACGACGGACACUCGAGCCUGUCCGUCGCUUCAGCAGCACUGAACCACCCUGCCAAUCGAUCGGCAAUAAGUGUCAAUGCCAGUACGCCGUCGAGCUCUCCACACUCCCCUCACACCGCUGCGGCGGGGAAUGGUGCGACAUCACAUGCCCGAUGCUGCGAAAUCAGGCUGGUCGGACUCGUAGUAUUAUUUACAGACCUAUUGUGGACUAAGUAUGUCAGGCACAAUUUUUACAGGACGUUUUUGUAA